CAUGCGAGUGCCGGGUAUAUAUUUAUUAAAAAAUUACGAAAGUAUAAGCCUAAAAAAAAUGAGGGCGAUGCAGCUUAUGCAGAACAUACCAUUCAGGACCAAUAGCUGUAAAAGAAGUGAAGAAUUGAGAUAGGACAAGUGGAAAAAUAUCACCAUUACCGCUUUUCUCAGUUGCUUCGGCAUGAUUUACAAAGAUUUGUUAAUUAAAUUGAACAUGGAUUCUACUUCCAUCACGUUGCUAAACGGGAUCAGUGCGACUUGUAUGUCGUUAUCAGGAUUCCUCACCAGUCCUAUGUUGAAAUUUUUGUCCAUUAGACAACUGGGUUUGGUAGCGGCUGUGAUAUUUAAUCUAGGGAUGCUAGGGAUGGUAUUUGUAUCGUCUAAAAUAACAUUCUACGUUUGUUUCGGUAUAUUACAGAGUCUCGGGAACGGAAUUAUAUUCAAUUUGUCUUGCACGGUGCUGAACAAUUACUUUGUUAAGAAAAGAUUGCUUGCAAUAAGUUUCACUCAAACUAUUAUAGCUAUAUCUGGACUCGUCGUACCCCAGUUUUUAAACUGGUCGUUCGAUGCAUACGGACAACGAGGAACUCUGCUUUUGGUGUCCGGGAUUUGUAUACACAAUAUAUUUGGCAUUAUCCUGAUGCAACCUAUCGCUUGGCAUUUGAAACAAGUUGAAGUACCUGAAACAGAAAAGGACACAUUUGAAACAAAAUCGUUUCUGACGAAGGAGCAUCAGAUUUCUAAUAAGGAAAAUUCCAAACAAAAAUCAAAUGAUGCUGGCGAAGUUGUUAUUAGUGAGAAAUAUAAUCUUGAAGAAGGGACCAUUUAUAGCUCACAGUCUAGGAGUAUAUUAUCGAACUUUGUGGAUUUUAAAGUAUACAGAUCAUUUCUAUUAUCAAAUGCAUACCUUGGUAUGGGACUUUGUACUUUCUCAGAGUUCACGUUUACAAUAAUGCUUCCUCAGGCUUUGUAUUCUAUGGGUUGGGAUGAAACAAAUGUAGCUUGGGCGUUAUCGUUAAUGGCUACAGGAGACUGCGCGUCAAGAUUUUUAUUAAUAUUUUUGAGCGGUUGGUUGGCAAAUUUUGGAAGCCAUGAGAUUUACGUUGUUGGACUCAUAAUAGGUUUUAUUACUAAAAUAGGCAUGCUCUGGUCAGAAAAUACGACUUCAAUAUUUAUCUUCUUAACUAUUAUGGGAGUGUCACGGUGUUUAAUAUUAGUAUUUAUGCCAUUAGUCAUCGCAGAAGCUGUAAAACCUGAUCUCUUCACCGGUGCUUUGGGAUUGGAGUUAACAAUCGUUGGAAUUUUUAGUUUGGUUUUAGGACCAGUUAUAGGUGCGAUUCGAGAUCUGACCGAUAGUUACGCAACAGCAUUCUACAUUCUCACUUCCUGUUUAGGAGUAAUUAUAGUAUCCUGGUCCAUAGAAAUCCUUUACAAGAAGAAUAAACAUAAAAGACAAACAUAAAACAUGAUGAAUCUCAAAAUAACAAAACUUUUAUU